AACAACCGGAAGUCCUUAUUUAGCCGGCGGUCAGACUUCGGUUGGGAUCCCCGCAGCCGGGGUGAUCGCUGGACGGAGAGUGCUUGGAGUGACUGACCAAAUGCCAAAUAUCAAAAUCUUCGGUGGCAGCUCCCACCAGGACUUAUCCCAGAAAAUUGCCGACCGCCUGGGCCUGGAGCUAGGCAAGGUGGUGACGAAGAAAUUCAGUAACCAGGAGACGUGUGUGGAAAUUGGCGAGAGCGUGAGGGGAGAGGAUGUCUACAUCGUGCAGAGUGGUUGUGGCGAAAUCAACGACAGCCUCAUGGAGCUUUUGAUCAUGAUUAAUGCCUGCAAGAUCGCUUCAGCCAGCCGGGUUACCGCCGUCAUCCCAUGCUUCCCUUAUGCCCGGCAGGAUAAGAAGGAUAAGAGCCGGGCCCCAAUAUCCGCCAAGCUUGUGGCGAAUAUGCUGUCUAUAGCAGGUGCAGACCAUAUCAUCACCAUGGAUUUACAUGCUUCUCAGAUUCAGGGCUUUUUUGAUAUCCCCGUAGACAAUCUGUAUGCGGAGCCAGCUGUCCUGAGGUGGAUAAGGGAGAACAUCUCUGAGUGGAGGAACUGCAUUGUUGUCUCACCGGACGCGGGUGGAGCUAAGCGAGUGACCUCCAUCGCAGACUGGUUGAACGUGGACUUCGCCUUGAUUCACAAAGAACGGAAGAAGGCCAACGAAGUGGACCGCAUGGUGCUAGUGGGAGACGUGAGGGAUCGUGUGGCUAUCCUGGUGGAUGACAUGGCUGAUACCUGUGGCACCAUCUGUCACGCAGCUGACAAACUCCUCUCAGCGGGAGCCACCAAAGUUUAUGCGAUCUUGACUCACGGAAUCUUUUCCGGGCCGGCCAUGGCUCGCAUCAACAGUGCAUGCUUUGAAGCAGUGGUAGUCACCAAUACCAUACCUCAGGAGGAUAAGAUGAAGCAGUGCCCCAGAAUACAGGUGAUCGACAUCUCCAUGAUCCUUGCAGAAGCCAUCAGGAGAACUCACAACGGGGAAUCUGUUUCCUACCUGUUCAGCCAUGUCCCUUUGUAACAGAAUUCUGUUUUAAAAUAAAAUAAGAU